GUAACACAUGUUAUCUAGAUUACCCAAACUUGGACAUUUGCUAGCCUCUAUCCUGGUCACCAACCCAACAAAAAGUCAAAGCAGUGAAAUACACCCUGCUGAGCUUGAGCUCAACAGUCAACAAAGAUUAUUAUCAAAUAUUUUUGGAGCAGACUUAUGUACGUGUACCUUGUUGGUUGAACUAGCUGAGACCCAUGUCAUUGUUAGCUUACUGGUAUGUAACCAACCAACUACGUAACUACCUACGUGUGCCCCUGGCCUCCAGACUUCCAGAAAACUUGGACAUGUAGCCUUUUUCCCUAACCAACACCACCAAUGUUUGUUUUAUGGGUAGAGCAGAUGAACUAAUCAUCACACACACAAUCUCACAACUUCUCUUCUCGACCAUACAAAUUCCACUGGCUAUAUAAACCCUCCACCUCUUAAACCUUUUCAUCCAUCACUUGCACACCAACAAAACAACAAAAACCUUCUCCAUAAACAUAGCUAGAUACCUGGCCACCAAAUCAAAUCAAGACAUGGCUUCUUCUUCGAAGUUCUUCGUCGUUGCUCUCGUCCUCGCCGUCACAUUCUGCAACAUGGAAAAUGGAAUGGCGGCCCGACAGCUCCUUCAAAUGCCCACCAUCCCAUCUCUGCCUCAGCCAACUCUUCCGUCCGGAGGAGGAUUGCCACCGCUCCCCAGCGCCGGCGCCUUGCCCACCCUGCCACAACCAACUCUGCCGUCCGGCGGACUGCCACCGCUACCCAGCGCCGGCGCGAUUCCGACCAUGCCCACUAUUCCUUCCAUCCCGAAAGUUUCUCUGCCGCCACUGCCUAGCGGUUUGCCAACCAUGCCUUCCAUCCCCGGCCUUACCCCGGCGGGCCCCGGCAACUGAAUGAACUAGUACACCAAGUUGGUGGAUAUCAUUGUCUUCGGUGUUUGAUGAUAUGUUGUUAUUUAUAUCUUGAGAUUGCGUGUGUAGAGGGCUCAUUGUUUGUAUUCAGAUUGUUAUUUGAGUUUUCUUGGAUUGUAUAUUUGUUUCUACGUACUAUUGUAUGCAAUCAUCACUCCGUUUUCAGUUACUUUUUGAGUUUGUAUCACUUCCUUUAUGUUUCGUGUUUAUGUGAUUUCUAUUGGAUUUUUCCCAUUUUUGGAUAAAGCCAUAAGAGCUGA